CUGAUACCUACACAGCUUUGCUUCAUGCUUCCAACUUCUCUCACUUACUGAAGAAAUGUGACGCCAAAUUUUUUUAGCAUAGGCUGACAUCUUGGGACAGAAAGUGAUCCACAGGCCGAGAAUAGGUUCCUCCGUGGGCCCAGUCUGGGACACUGUGUCUAACACUGAACUUUUUCUUUAAAAAUCUCUCAGUGUUGCUAUAUGACUGAUUCAGCUCCACUGGGGCUAGAAAAAGUGGGAGUACUAACGUAGACUGACUGCUGAUACUUUUACCACUGUUGUCCAACUCUGCUUAAAGCAGGUCUAGCUGACACAAGGCUAAAAAUACAGGCAGCAAGUUUAUAACAGCACUCCCACCAUUGGAGGGCACCAGCACUACAGCAAUUGUGGAAGAUUUUAAAGAAAAAGCUCAGACGCUAGCCAGAGAGAGAGAAUCUAAGCAAAACCAGCAGCUCCACAAAUUUCUGCUCUUUGCAGUUCAUAAAUCUUCAUCUAUUGAAUUUACCCUGAAUAGAUAAAUGGUGAGUGGUGUCUCUCAUGAAGUAGGUUUUCCUGUCAAUGAGGAAAGAAUGAAAGGGGUGGGGGGGAUAGGACUUUUUAAUGAUAGUGUGGCUCCUAAGAACACCCAGGGAAGCUCAGCCUUAGAACCAUACAGAUGGGUGAAGACUGUGUUGUUACCUCUGCGGUCCAUACAUAGUAAGAGAUCUGUGAAUGAUCCAAAGAAUCAGCUGAGCAGGAUACUUCAAAUAGCCAGAAGGUGUCAGACCUAAGUAACUGGUGUCAAGCUGCUUCCAAUAAUCACAAAGGUCAUGAUGCAAGUAUUUCACACAUGGCAAAAGACAGCACUGCAGAGCCAUCCACGCCACAUCUUGCUUCAGCCCCAUCAGGAUCAUUGGUCUGUACUUCUCUGAUCUCAUUGCUUGUAAGAGCUCUGAUUAAGCUCAUGAAGGACCAAGCAGUGACAUUUACAAUAGCCACCGUCUGGCCAAGAAGACUCUGGUGUACCAGUUAUUGAUUUAACUGGCUCUGACAGUGAAAGUGAUCUUCAUACUUACAUUGAUACAAAGGAUCGGUACCAUUCACUGGGAGAAGAGAGGGAAAGAAGCAAAAGAACCAAUGACUUGACAGAAGCUCUUCUGGUCUCAGGAAACAAUCAAACCAACAGAAAAAAUAACGGCAGGGACUAUCUUUUACUACAAGGAAAAAAAUCACAACAUUCUAGGAGCAGCCAAAAAGAAAAGGCACCAAAAUCCAUACCACCUUCUACAUUUAACAGAAAUCAGACAAUUGAUCACCCAUCUGCAAGUUGUUCAGCAAGAGUGUUUCAGUCAAGGUCUGCCUUAUCAUCUCGAAAAGAUUUACUUUCCAAAAGUGAACCCUCCCAGCUCUUCAGUACUGAGCACCCAAUACAGGAGCCAGCCUUUUUCACAAUUAAGAAAGCUUACAUAGUUAAUAAGCUACAUCAAAAGCACCUGUCAGCUGAUUCUCCUCCAACCUCAAAGUGCAAUAAAGCUGUGCAGGCUUCUUUCACUUGUAGAGGGGAAGACCCUGGUGAAUGUAUUGUUUGUGAAUGUUCAAAACAGUCACUGUUAAAGGAAGAGAGAAACAGAAAACUGGACAAGAAGAAAGUUGCUGUGUUUCAUAACACUGAAAGUAUUGCCAAUCAAGAUUUAUCUUCUGGUGAACUGGUGAAUGGACAUUUACAUUGUCCUUUGGAAGCAGUGACUGAUAAACCUGUCAAACCACAGACCUCCAAGCAUUGGUGUUUACCCAUUAGUUCAUCAACUCUUGUUAUAUCUCUAGCAUUGGAAGCAGGUUACUCAGUUCCAUCUGUUUCAUUAGCAGGAGCUGAAACAAAAUAUAGUAGUUCUUCAAAGGUUAGGAAAAUCAGAGGCGAUGCAAGUAGACCUGUCUUAGCUUUCAAACUUAAAGAACCUGAGCUUAACCAAUAUUUUAACAAGUUGUGUAUUUCUAUAGUUCCAAAUCCUGCGCACUUAGAUACUGACACUCAAAAGCAAGCUAUUCCGUUUACUGGGCAGGUAGGACUCCAACAAGUCCCAGGUCCUGAAAUCAAUCAGCCUCUGGAAACGCAGACAGAUUCAUCUGAUUCUGACAUUCCUGGAGCUCAGAUAGAACAAGCAUCUUCUAUAUUUAAACCCCCAUCUGCCAAGCAGUUCUUUGUGUCCUCUGAAGAUACACAGGAUACAGUUUGGCCUUCUACCUCUUAUAGUGUUCAAAAAUUUCCCUACAGAAAAGGGAUAUCCAUUAAAGAGCCCUUUGAAGAGCAGAAACAUCAAUUAAAAGUCUGCAGAUCCAUAAGACAUCCUAUUGUGUCUACCAAACCCAAAGAAGCUCAAAGAGAUCUAAGAUUUAUAAACAAACCCUACAUCUCUUCCAACCUUGACAACACAAAGACUUUGGAUAUUGAACCUUUUAAGCAAAAAUCUGGUCACUACAAAAUUGUGAAAGAAACUGAAACAGGUAAAUUGAAUAACGUGCCCUUAUCAGAAGCUGUUAAGUGUCAUUGCAGUCCUCUAUCUAACUUGAGUGUCAACCUAUAUCCAAAGCGGAGAUAUUCUGGCAUUGAGAAAUCCCUGAGCAUUAACAGAAAACCAUCCAAAAGAGGUGGUGUAACACGUAGACUUUCUGCACAGUCUCUGCUAAGUGAUAGAGACAGUACUGAGGAGACCCAAUACAUCUCUCCUGCCAAAAGAAAAAGGGAUUUGAAGAUGCAUAGCAUUCUGAACUUUUGUUUUGGGUGGCCGGGGGCACAAAAGAAACAUGACAGGUCACCAUGUAAAGGGGAGCUCUCUUACACUGCAGAUGAUCCAGAAAUAAAAGAGGAAGGUCUUUUGAGUCUGACUGCCCCAUGUCUCCAAGAUGAAAGAACGAGUCAGAGUCUCGCAGAUGGGACAUUUCAUCCUGAAGACAAUUUGAAUACCUUGGAUUCUCCUUAUACCGGGAAUAUCAGUAAUUUUGUGCAGCCACCAGAGCAGAGGAGUAUGUUUCAGGCCAAUAAUAAUGUACCCUUGGAGAAACUGGACUCUGAGUCUGCCUCAGUUCCUCCUGGAGACUCCAUCCUGAAGAAACUCAUGUUUUGCAGAUGUGGACAGAUGCCACAACAUGGACUCUUCCCUACUGGAGAUAUUUUCCAGUCAGUUACUAAGAAAACCAUAAGCAGCCGUGAUACUGGUAUGGGACCCUGCAAACCCGAGCCAGCAAAGGAGUGCAGCCAUAGAGAAAUACCAGAUAACACGAAUGAAACAUACUGGUACAGUAACCAAUCUGUGUUCCCAACUCAUUCAUCUUUGGAAAACAUACGCAAGCAAGAAGCCACAAGAGGGCAGUUCACUAACACACAGUCUUACUUUGAGAACAGUGUUCCAGCAAAGACGGUGACAAAUGAACUCCUAAAAGAAGGGAAGCGAAUGGAAAUGGGUGAAAGCGGGAAUAUCAGAAGCGAUAUGGAUGCUGCUGCUAUGCAGCAAAUUUGUGCACAUGGCAUGUAUGCUGCAACACCUUCUGAGGAUGGUGGGAGAGAGAAAACCCUACCAGAGUAUUCCAUACAUCACCCCAACUGUUACCCAUCCUGCCAGCCUGCUGCUACCCAAAAACUAGGCACAUCAAGUGACUAUUAUAACUGCUUCAAGUCAAAGCAGAAAGAACCCGAGAGUUACUUGAGCAUAGAGAGAGGGCUUACAAUUGAUCCUUGCCUGGGGAAUAGGAGCCAAUGCAGAUGUUCUCAAGAAAUCCCCCUUCCCUACCUGGAACAAAGUAUCGCGUAUGAGGAAAAUAGAGCUACGCUUCCAAAGAGAAAUGACCCAGACCUAAUUCAGGAUUUUUCACAAAACCAUUGUGGCUGGAAAAGACCAGAGGAACGAGCAGGCUGCCUGGGAAGGCAAAGCUCAGUGUGGCCUGCCGGUGGGAGGGGUGCUGAGUGAAAACAAGAAGCAAGAGCUCAAAAUGGCGGAAGUGAUAAUUUAUGCCUAAGAACUUGGGCCUGUUAAAUAGAGACUCUCCAAUAAAGUGCACAGCAAAGCUGAUGAUUCCGAGGUGAGGCAGUGAAGUGUGAUGGACCGAACUGUGAAAGGACGAAGCCCAUUGAUACUGAUACAUAAAAAACAACGGUUCCCAGCCUCCAAAUCAGAUGUGCAUUAUUAGCCUUUGUAAAAUCCUAUCCCAUUACAGGUCCCCUCAUUCUCCCUUCCCUUUGCUAUGCUCACUCAUCGGGGCUUGUUUUAAUUAGAUUGUAAACUCCCUGGGGCAGCGCCGGUGGCUGACAGCACCUCGCACAACAGGGUGUAGGGACACUACAGCUGUACACAGAGCAAAGGGGCCGGGAACUGCAGGGUUCUGAUCUGGGCUCAGGUUCCCUGUGUGCCUCAGGAACGACGCGAGGAGCCAGGUGGUGUCUAGCUCCUGUGUGGGUGUGCAGGGGGGGAAAGGCCCACCCCAGCCCUCUUUAUGCUCACUGCACAAGGGCCAGGCACAAUAGCACUCUCCUUCCUGAAAAGGGGGGAGGGGACAAGGCCAUGGUGCAUUGGACAGCGAGGGCAGCAGGGCACCUCAGGGACCUUUCUGUGCCUCAGUUUCCUUACCCAUAAAAUGGAGGUAGGCCCCCCACUGGUCCAGGAAACAAGCUUCUCCCAGCCCAGGAGAAGCUGAGCGUGUAGCUUCUGCAGUGCUCCUACUGCUGCCUGAGGGUGAGGAGCUCCCACCUCCCUGGCGGAGGACACCACGCCGCAGGCUCUCAGACCACCCGUGGCUCAGCUGCUGCAGCGCUCCCAGCUCCUGCUGGCCAGGAAGUGGCCCACCAUUUUCCACAUCUGCAUAGUCAAAUGAGCACCCAUUCAGAUGUAGUCCCACACCCUGGGUAACGGCUGGUUGGCUAAGUGCCCACCUCUGACAGCAGGGCGGGGGGAAGUCCCUCAGUCAGCCCCUCACUCCCCCAGGCAGCAGGGGUCCGGGGCAAUG